AAGUGAUGCCUUGUGUCCACUAGUGGUGACUUAGCAGGAGCAGAAAAUGUUGUUUUGAAACUGUUUGCUAUGCAUUAGAAAUAGAUGCAAGUUGGGCACUGGUGGCAUUUGAGCUCAGUGCCUGUCUAAGUGGCUGGGAAUAAAGUUCCCGUUUGCUGUAUGUGAUGUAACACGCUUUUUACAAAAAGGUCUGACUAAACUUGAAAGAUAGCCUUUUCUUAAAUUAUGCCGCUGUAAAGAAAAAUGUAAAAUGUGAUAUUUAUAAACCUUACAAUGUUUCAGUGCAGCUAUAAAGGAUUGCUCUUGAGUUUGAAUGAUAUAAUAGCAUGCAAAGAAAAAUGUGUGUUAAAAUCAUCACAGCAGAGAUUUUCAAAGCAGUUUGGAAGCAUGGUCCCUUAACUUUAUUGUGGCUAGAUAGAUAAAGUUUAAAGGAAAAAUGUCUGCAUGCCUAGUAUGACUUGGAAAAUCAUAUCCCCUUAGUCCUAAGGAGCCUUCUUAUUCAUAGCUGAGUAAAUUAUUUCCUUUGCUUCUGCAUGUAUACUAGUCUGUGUUUCUCAUUGGCAUCUUGUGUGCAUUUUCAGCGUCUGAGGAGGAGAAAGCACCUGAAGAAGUCACUAAGGAACCCUAAAGGUACACAGUACAAUUGCAGCAGGAGGUUUCCUGCAAUCCGCCUUGGACUUUCCCAGUGAGCAGCACUUGACGCCUUUGAAAAGUUUGACAGAAACAUUUGUGGCAAUCAGCCUGCUGACUCCUGUGAGAAACCUCAGACUCUUCCCUGGAGACAUAAAACAAGCUGCACAGUUUGUCAUUCCACACGUUACGCAUUAGGACCAGUGUUCGUUGCUGCAACAGACAUCCUAAUAUGACUUAAAUUAGUUAGAUGCUGCUGUCAUUAACAACUCUGCUUUAAAAAGUAGCACCCAGCACCAAGUGCCGGAGCACCACCCAGCAUGCAAUAGGCAGAUGUGUUAAGAGAAGCAGUAGGCUUCACUGCAUCCCUGCCAGGCACAUGAGUGUGUAUCUACUAAAAAGUAUUUACAGAGAUCCCCGUCAGCUAAAAAGUGUUACAGCCAUCACAGCAUAACAAUAAUUCUAAACGAAGUCUAAAUAAGGUAGAGAUAUGAAACGUCUCUUGCUGGGCUCAACGGGUCCUGUGUUGCUGCCAGGGGUUCACUGAAGAUCUGCUCCUGCUAUGGAUGAAAGCCACCCUCGCCUAGCUGUUUAACAGAAGUGGAUUGUGAAUGUAAGCCUUUGAUAACCUCAGCCUAUCAGCAUUAUAGUCUUUGGGAUAGAUAGCAGCUCUCAAAGCCUCUUCAGGGGAUGCACCAUGACAUCAGCAGUGAUUGACACUGGAGGCCCUGGCCUGGAGUUCGACAGCAAUGGAAUGAAAAAUCACGAGGAAAAUGAGCCAGUCUCUGAAUUCCCAGCUGUGAUUGUGGAGCCAGUUCCUAGUGCCAGACUAGAACAGGGUUAUGCUGCUCAGGUCCUGGUUUAUGAUGACGAGACUUAUCUGAUGCAAGAUGUAGCAGAGGAACAAGAAAUUGAGACUGAAACUGUGGAAACAGUGGAAGCAUCAGUUCAUGGAAGCAAUGUACACUGCACAGAUAAGACAAUUGAAGCUGCAGAAGCCUUGCUUCAUAUGGAGUCUCCUACCUGCCUGAGAAAUGCCAGAAGUCCUGUGGAAGUUUUGGUCCCUCCUUGUGUGUCAACCCCAGAGUUCAUCCAUGCAGCCAUGAGGCCUGAUGUGAUCGCAGAAACUGUGGUAGAGGUGCCAGCAGAUGAAUCUGAACCAAUGGAUGCAUCUCCUGUUCGAACAUCCCCUGACAUCCAUGAACGAAUGAAGAAGAAAAAAGCUGGCCGCAAACCCAAGACCCAACAAUCGACUAUUUCAGAUGGGUCUCCAGACCUAGGUAUAAAGAAGAAGCCUAGAGAAGGCAAAGGAAAUACAACAUACUUAUGGGAGUUUCUUCUGGACCUUCUCCAGGACAAAAAUACGUGUCCUCGUUAUAUUAAGUGGACUCAGCGAGAGAAGGGAAUUUUUAAGCUUGUGGACUCGAAAGCUGUCUCCAAACUAUGGGGAAAACACAAAAACAAACCUGACAUGAACUAUGAGACUAUGGGAAGAGCUCUGAGAUACUACUAUCAAAGAGGAAUCCUUGCCAAAGUUGAGGGACAGAGGCUUGUUUAUCAGUUUAAGGAGAUGCCAAAAAAUAUAGUUGUCAUCGAUGAUGACAAAAGCGAAUCCUGCAGUGAAGAUUUGUCGAUGCCUACGGAUGAGAAGUCAUUGGAGAGAGUGUCUUUAUCUGCGGAAAACCUCUUGAAAGCAGCAACCUCUGCACGUGGAGGAAAAAACUUGUCUCAGUUAAGCUGUACCAGAACAGAAAAAGCAGUCACCAGAGUGGUGAAUAUUGCCUCACCAGCACACGAUACAUCAUCAUCUCGUCCCUCAACAACCACUACUACUGUCCCAGCAUCGUCAGCUCCCAGGACUGUACGUGUGGCAAUGCAAGUGCCUGUUGUAAUGACCUCUCUGGGACAGAAAAUUUCUACUGUGGCAGUACAGUCAGUCAAUGCAGGGUCGCCGUUAAUUACCAACACAAGUCCAACAACGGCGACAACUCCAAAGGUAGUAAUCCAGACAAUCCCUACUGUGAUGCCAACCGCUACGGAGAAUGGAGACAAAAUCACAGUGCAGCCUGCCAAAAUCAUUACGAUCCCCGCCACCCAGCUUACGCAGUGUCAGGUACAAACAAAACCAGGCCUGACUGGAUCGGGAAGCAUCAACAUCGUUGGAACCCCCUUGGCUGUUAGAGCACUAACCCCGGUGUCUAUAGCUCAUGGGACACCAGUGAUGAGACUAUCAGUGCCUGCGCAGCAGGCGUCCGGCCAGACUGCUCCCAGGGUUAUUAGUGCAGUAAUAAAAAGCCCAGAAGUUAAAUCAGAUGCAGCGGCUGUAACACAAGAACGUGAAGUGAAAACGCUGCAGCUCUUACAGGAAGAGAAGACAGCAGAUGGGAGCAAGACUGUAACCCACGUCGUAGUAGUUAGUACACCCUCGGCUAUUGCGCUUCCUGUAACAAUGAAAACAGAAGGAAUCGUAACGUGUGAGAAAUGAAGAACAGGUUGCUUCCAGCGUGGACUUACAGACUGUUACUGAUUUGAUUAAACUGACAUAAUUGGGGAGGGAAGUGGAGGCGAUCAUCACGUCAAAAAGGAGAGUUUGGAAGUGUUAAAAAAAACCAUGCGUUAUGUUGGAGACUUCCUGGGGAAAAAAAAAAUUUUCCCGUGUUUCAGUGGGAAUGGAACCACAUUGCUAUGCUGACAGAAGCGGCCUCUUCCAGUCAGGAGACAGCUGAACCUGCAGAGAAGGAACGAUAGAGAGACUGAAAAGGGACCAAACAGUUCACUACGCUGUCACAGCACACUAAGACCUGGAACACUAACAUUGAAUUGUGUGAGAGGUUUGCCUUGGUUUUUGGUUUUCAGGGGGAGAGGAAAGUCUUAUUUCUAGAAAUGGCAAAGUUGAUGAAUUUUAUAUGCAUACCAGCAAUCACUACUGUGUGCCCGCAGUACUCAACUGGUGCUAAGUGAAAACCUCUGCUACUAGGUAUUGUAGAAUGUGAAAUAAAGGAGAUUGAAGAGCUUCUAAAAGAAGACAGAGACCUAGAGGGAUUUUUGUAUCAUAGCUUAAGCAGAUUUAAAAUGAAAGCCUUAGACUGAUUUUCAGUUAUCUUUCUUGAAAUAAGCUAAUGGCUUGUUUGUUUAAAGCUUUUUUAUUAAAACAAAUUUUUUUAAAAAUCUUGUACCUAGCACAGUAUUGUUAUAGAAUUACAUGUAACAUAUUUUGUAUGGUAGGUAAAGUCUGUCUAAAUUUCUUAAUUGUGGACAAAAUAGCAGCAGGCCUCUGGCCUUUUGCUAUAACAUGCCUGUGUCUCUCACUUAGCCUUGACAUCUGUGCAUACAUUUCAGUUUCAGCUCUACUCUGUCACUUGAAAGGUCACACCCAGCAUGAGCUUUUGUCAGGUAGUUCUAAACCUGUAAAUUUUUUUUUUUAGUUGAAGUUAAGAGGGAAGUACCAGUGUUCAGAAUGAACUAUAAUAGUUUGUAUAUUCAACAUUUGAAGUAUAUUCUAUUUUGUUGUACUCUUGUUUCAAAGUGUAUUCAAGUAGGUUUUACUGAAAUAUAGAAAUGAAAUCUG